AUGAAUGAAGAGCAAGAAAAUGAAAUCUUAGCAAUAUCAUCAAUUUAUCCAGAUAGUUUUAGUGAAAUUGAAACAAUUGUUGGGGAAGAAGAAAAUGAUGGUUUUGAAGAUAAUGAUAGUCAAUAUUCAAAAAUUUAUCAAGUUAUAAUAACACCAAAUAUAUCAUGUCUUGAUGAAAAUAGUUUAGAAGAUAAUAAUAAUAGUAAUAAUAAUAAUAAUAAUAAUAAUAAUAAUAAUAAUAAUGGAUUAAUAAUUGAUACAAGUUAUGAUUAUUUGAUUUAUUUUAAAUUUAAAUAUACUAAAGAAUAUCCAUCAAAUGAACCACCAAUUAUAUCAAUUAAAGCUACAUGGCUUCAAAAAUCGGAUCAAUCAAUUCUAUUAUCACAUUUAGAAGAUCUUUGGAACCAAAAUGAAUUGGUGAUAUUUCAAAUGAUAUCUUGGCUUCAAGAAGAGUCAAUAGAAAUUUUAAAUAAUCAUUAUAAAUCUAUAAAAAAGUUUAGUCAUUAUCAUUUAAAAAAAUCUUUAAAUACUCAACAAUUAAAUCAAAAUCAAAACCAAUUUGAAAAUCAAAAUCAAAAUCAAAAUCAGAAUCAAAAUCAAAAUCAAAAUAAAGAAAAAGAAAAAGAAAAAGUACCAACUAUAUAUACUGGUCAAUCAGUUACAGAAAAGAAAUCUAAAUUUCAAGCACAUCUUGCAAUUGUUCAUUCAGAGAGAGAAGUUCAAUUAGUUUUAAAUCAAUUACUUUCAUUUAAAAAAAUUUAUGAAGCAACUCAUAAUAUGUAUGCAUAUCGUUUUCAAUUAGAAAAUGGUGAAAUCAAUGAAUAUUAUAAUGAUGAUGGAGAAGAUGGUGCAGGUGAUAAAAUGUUAUUCACACUUUCAAAGAAUCAAGCAAAAGAGAUAUUAAUUGUUUGUACUCGUUGGUUUGGUGGAAUAUUAUUAGGAGGAAGACGUUAUGUUCAUAUAGUUAAUACUACAAAAGAUAUUUUAAAUCUUUAUAAUACCAACUCAUUAUCACAAUGCAGUUUAGAAUUUAAUUAA